GUUCGCGAAGUUUCGCCGUGGGUCAGGGGACGGUUUUGUGCUUGUUGUUUUGUGUGUGCGUGCUGGUGUGCCUGCCUGAAAACGUCUACAUAUGUCUGUCAGUGACAUAUUGAGUGUUGUAUGGUACUUGCGUGCAGAGAGAGGAUUGGUAAGUCUGCAUCCACUUCACUGAAUGGAUUCCAUUGUUCAUUGUAAAUGAAGAAGCCGUUUGGUAACCCAAUGGCUGAAACAGAAUCUGUGUCUGACUCAUUAGUGGCCCGCUAGAUCCUCCUCUGGCUCCUUUUCUAGACAUUUCACCUCAGAAGAACCACAGCAGUUUUGACAAGGUUGUGUUUAGUGCAAGGAUGCAGUACAUUACUAUAAGUUAUGUUCAUGACCUGUCAUGAACUGUUUUUUUCAGGUCUCAAUUAAAGUAAAUAUGCUUUCAAAGCUAAAUGGCUCUUAAUCUCAUAAAGAUUUUAACAGGCUUUUAGUGCCUAGUCUUAACAAAGCACUUUUCCUUUAUUCAUUUAUUUAUCUGAUGUCACCUGAAUAAAAGCUUUUUCAGAUUUGUUUUCUGUAGAUGAAUAACCAAUGAUGAUGAGAAAUAUUAGCACUGAAAUUAGCCAUAAAUGAAAGUUAUGCAAUAGUUUCAGCACAGAACUCACCUUUUGAACUCAGAACAAAUGGCCUGUUUAAUUCUUGUGAUUUAAAAAUUCUAAUUUAAAUCCAGCAAUGACAAGGCCUUAUACUCAUCAAUAUCUACUUAUAGUUGUACAUAUGAAAACAUCAAUGUUAUAGCUUUUAUUCUCAAUAGUAAACAUAAAUUUCGGAUUUUAUAUCAUGCCAGUAUUUCUUUCCUUGGGCACAGUGGUCACAGGUUGCAUGUGCAAUUGUAAAUGGUUCCAAACUAAAAUGAGAUUAGAUGUCAAUUUCUGAAAAAUAAUCAGCUAAUAAACAUACGUACAACCUCUGGAUUCAUGACGUCACUGUAUAUACUUCUUUGGAGUUACUUGAAGUGUAUUUUCUUGCUUAUAGCCAAAAACAUGCUAAAGCCCCCAAUUCAAGCCAUUAUUAAACUGGCAGUUCAUCAGAAAAUUCUGUAAGUAUCUAAAAGAGCCUUGACUGGACACAAAAACAGGUUGGGCCAAUCAAAAACAUACAUUAAAACUGAAAUUACAUAAAAUUAACUCCAGAAAGUGAACCUGAAUUAUGUGAAAAGAGUUUUAUAGUGAAGUCCCCAAUCCCCCAAAGGCACCCACCAUUGCCAUACCAUUAGGGUACAGGUUUUCUGGAUUGUCAUACUAUCUACGAAAAAUUAAAGUGUCUUGCCAUUUGCUGCAAGGCUGUGCCAAUGAUGCAGUGUCGCGCUCAGCAAUUGUGUUCUGCACAGGAGGAGUUUGAGCCUGCAGGAAGCCAGGCCUUCAUAGAACAGGGAGGGGUCGACCUCACUUACAAAGAGAGUUCCUUCCUGCUCCUGUGAAACGGACAGAGAGGGCUGCCGUUCAGUGGUCCCAUUGUGUCCAUGUACCCGAGUGCGUGUGGACCUGCUGAUCAGCUGAUAACUUAAGGUGUAUUCUGAAAAAUUAAGAAUCAUGAGGUAAAUGGUACAUGAAGCUGGAGUGAGACAGUACUGCCAUGGGAUUAGGAACGAGUCCUCAAGACAGUCCAAGAAAUUUCUCUCCGAGUGCCUCUGCCCAUUUCUCCUUUGCCCGAAGGACUGAUGGGCGACGCUGGUCUCUGGCCUCUCUACCCUCCUCGGGCUAUGGGACCAACACACCCAGCUCCACUGUCUCUUCGUCCUGUUCAUCACAGGAGAAGCUGCACCAGCUGCCGUACCAGCCCACUGCUGACGAGCUGCACUUCCUGUCCAAACACUUCUGCACUGAGAGCAUCGCCGGGGAAGACAGGAGGAGGGCCACGCCCAUGCGCCCUCGCUCCCGCAGUCUUAGUCCUGGAAGGUCUCCGUCGUGCUGCGAUAAUGAGAUUAUUAUGAUGAAUCAUGUCUACAAAGAGAGAUUUCCGAAGGCCACGGCUCAGAUGGAGGAGAGGAUCCAGGAGAUCAUCCGCACGCAUGCCCCGGACAGCGUGCUCCCGCUGGCCGACGGGGUGCUCAGCUUCGCCCAUCACCAGAUCAUCGAGCUGGCCCGGGACUGCCUGGAGAAGUCCCGCCACGGCCUCAUCACCUCCCGCUACUUCUGCGAGCUCACCGACAAGCUGGAGCGGCUCUACCAGGAGUCCACCGAGCGGUCAGAGAGUGCGGAGGUGACCUUCAUCAAGGAGCUGGUGAAGAAGAUCCUCAUCGUCAUCGCCAGGCCCGCACGGCUCCUCGAGUGCCUGGAGUUUGAUCCUGAGGAGUUCUAUCACCUCCUGGAGGCAGCGGAGGGUCACGCCAAGGAGGGGCAGGGCAUCAAGACGGACAUCCCGCGUUACAUCAUCAGCCAGCUGGGACUGACCAGAGACCCUCUGGAAGAAAUAGCACAGCUGGCCAGCUAUGACAGUGGGAUAGCAGAAACUCCGGAGACGGACGACUCUUCACAGAGUCUCAGCGCCGCCCUGCGAUCCCGACGCAAGCCCUGCGAAUCAGACUUUGAGAUGAUGAAACUGAUCAGCAAUGGCGCUUAUGGGGCGGUAUACCUGGUGCGGCACAAGGAGACCAAGCAGCGCUUCGCCAUGAAGAAGAUCAACAAGCAGAACCUGAUCCUGAGGAACCAGAUCCAGCAGGCCUUCGUGGAGCGCGACAUCCUCACCUUCGCCGAGAACCCCUUCGUGGUCAGCAUGUACUGCUCCUUCGAGACCCGCAGGCACCUCUGCAUGGUGAUGGAGUAUGUGGAAGGCGGGGACUGUGCCACCCUGCUGAAGAACAUGGGGCCUCUGCCGGUUGACAUGGCCAGGAUGUAUUUCGCUGAGACCGUCUUGGCUCUGGAAUACCUCCAUAAUUACGGGAUUGUCCACCGGGACCUGAAACCAGACAAUUUGCUGGUCACCUCAAUGGGGCACAUCAAGCUGACAGAUUUCGGACUGUCCAAAGUGGGCCUGAUGAACAUGACCACUAACCUUUAUGAGGGGCACAUCGAGAAAGAUGCCAGGGAGUUUUUAGACAAGCAGGUGUGUGGGACCCCUGAGUACAUCGCCCCCGAGGUGAUCCUGCGGCAGGGCUACGGCAAGCCGGUGGACUGGUGGGCCAUGGGCAUCAUCCUGUACGAGUUCCUGGUGGGCUGCGUGCCCUUCUUCGGAGACACGCCCGAGGAGCUGUUUGGGCAGGUCAUCAGCGAUGAGAUCAAUUGGCCAGAGGGAGAAGACGCCCCGCCCUCUGACUCCCAGGACCUCAUCACCCUGCUGCUGCGACAGAACCCUCUGGAGAGAAUGGGCACAGGUGGGGCCUACGAAGUGAAGCACCACCAGUUCUUCCACAACCUGGACUGGAACAGCUUGCUGCGGCAGAAGGCCGAGUUCAUCCCCCAGCUGGAGUCGGAGGACGACACCAGCUACUUCGACACUCGAUCUGAGCGGUAUCACCACCUGGAGACGGAGGAGGAGGACACCAACGACGAAGACUUCAACGCUGAGCUGCGCCAGUUCUCCUCGUGCUCUCACAGGUUCUCCAAAGUGUACAGCAGCCUGGACCUGUCCCGUGGGCAACUGGAGGAGAAGGGCGAGCAGGAGGAAAAGAGCAAGAGUGGCAGCCCACUCACGGUGGACUCCCUCAGCUGGACCCCAGAGUUCACCGAAAUGCCCUCCCUGUCCCACUCGUCGGAGGUGGAGAGCGCCAGUCUGAGCCGACGCUCCGGGCUGCUCCCAAAAUUCGCCAUCUCGGCUGAAGUGGAGGAGGUGGACGGGUCACUGGGCGGGGUGGACUCUGGCAAAGUGGCCUUCACCAUUGGGGAGACGCCUCAGGACGAGCCCGAGGCCACCACGCCCGGCAGCACCCUGAGCGGCUCCACGCUCUCGGUAGGCAGUUUCUCGGAGCACCUGGACCAGCUGCACUCGAGGGGCGAGGGCGUGGAAAGCCCCGACGCCUCCUCCAAGACGUCGGGGGACCUGGGGGCCCUCACCGCCGGCGCCCGAUCCGACGGGGCUGACAAGCAGAGGAUCACCAGCAAAGUGCCCAAAUCCGUGUCGGCCAGCGCCCUCUCCCUCAUGAUCCCGGGAGAUGUGUUUGGGGUGUCCCCUCUGGGCAGCCCAAUGUCCCCCUAUUCUUUGUCCUCGGACCCCUCCUCCAGAGACUCCUCGCCCAGCCGAGACUCCUCCCUGUGCGCGGUCAGCCCCCGGCAGCCCGUCAUCAUCCACAGCUCAGGGAAGAAGUUUGGCUUCACGCUGCGGGCCAUCAGGGUGUAUGCUUGCGACAGCGAUGUCUACACCGUCUACCACAUGGUCUGGAAUGUGGAGGAGGGCGGGCCUGCGCACACAGCUGGGCUGAAGGCUGGCGACCUCAUCACGCACGUUAACGGGGAGCCGGUGCACGGGCUGGUGCACACUGAGGUGGUGGAGCUGCUGCUGAAGAGCGGCAGCAAGGUGGCCAUCUCCACCACACCCUUUGAGAACACCUCCAUUAAAACUGGGCCAGCCCGAAGGAACAGCUACAGGAGCAAAAUGGUGCGAAGGACAAAGAAACCCAAGAAGGAGAAGACCCAGGAAAGGCGAAGGUCACUAUUUCGACGUUUCGCCAUGCAGCCCUCUCCUCUGCUCCACACCAGUCGCAGUUUCUCCUCCCUCAACCGCUCCCUGUCAUCGGGGGAGUCACUCCCAGGGUCGCCCACCCAUAGUCUGUCCCCACGCUCUCCCACCGCUGCCUUCCGUUCCACCCCCGACUUCAACCAAUCAGGUGGGACCUCUUCUCAAAGCAGCUCUCCUAGCUCCAGUGCUCCGAAUUCCCCUGCUGGCUCAGGCCACAUCCGUCCCAGCACCCUCCACGGCCUGGGCCCUAAGCUCACGGGACAGAGGCUGAGACAGGGGCGCCGUAAAUCAGCAGGAAGUAUCCCGCUGUCCCCACUGGCUCGCACACCCUCCCCGACCCCCCAGCCCACCUCUCCACAGCGCUCACCCUCCCCGCUCUUGAGCCACAAUGUGGGCAGCUCUAAAACCACCCAGGCCUUCCCAGCCAAAAUGCACUCUCCACCCACCAUUGUGAGGCACAUGGUACGACCCAAGAGCGCCGAGCCACCCCGCUCGCCCCUCCUCAAGAGGGUUCAGUCCGAGGAGAAGCUCUCACCCUCCUACCCGGGGGACAAGAAGCACCUGUGUGCCCGCAAGCACAGCCUGGAGGUGACACAAGAGGAGGCCCAGGGAGCGCCCACCCCCAAGGACCACGCCCUGCAGAGUGUGGAGGAGACGUCCUGCGAUGCCCCUACCACCACCCGGGUGCGCCCAGCGGAACAGGGCUGCCUUAAGCGGCCUGUCACCCGGAAGAUCGGUCGGCAGGAGUCCAUCGAUGAACUGGACAAAGAGAAGCUGAAGGCCAAGGUGGUGGUGAAGAAACAGGACUGGACGGAAAGGCGAGAGCCCCUCCAGAAACUGGAGGCCCUUCAGGAGCCUGGGAGCCCUGAAGCAGGCCCCUUAGAUGGAAAGUCUGGCAGCUCCACACUGAAGGAUGCCCUGUACAAGAAGCUGAACACCCGGGCAUGCGAGGGCAUCUUGGAGCCGCCGUGCAGGGGUGGUGACUCUGGGUCCAUGGUAAACGAGGGAGUCAAGACACCGUCCAGUUCAGGCCUGCUGGAUUGGGGCCCACAGAAGGGGGAUAGGCCGCUGCCCAGGCAGGGGAAGGAGGCAGGCAAGCCCGAGAGGAUAGAUUUCAAGGCCUCCAAUGUGGAGUUUGCCAGGAAGAGGCAGUCUUUUGAGGAGCGGGAGGACUGCAUGUGCAGGAUCUCCCCUACCAUCCAUGAGGGCCUCCACCUCAGUGCAACAAGGUCUAAGAGCCUUCAGCUGGACUCUGCUCUAGUCAUGGACCAUGUAAAGGGGACAAUGGGUGGAGUCCACACCCCACCUGUCAUUAGCACGGAGGCUCUGGCCCCCAAGCUGCUCAGCAGCAGAGGGGAGAGCGCUGUAGAGAAGCUCCAGAUGAUCUCCUCCAGCGAGGGGCCAAUCAGAAAGACCUCCUCAGAGUACAAGCUGGAGGGGCGGCUCGUCUCCUCCCUGAAACCCCUGGAGGGCACCCUGGAUAUUGGCAUGCUGUCUGGGCCAAGGACCUCCAAAACUGACACGUGCUUGUCCAAGAUGAUCAUUAGCCACCCCGACCAGGGCUUGGGAGCUCAGGGGCGCCAACAAAGCCAAACCGAAAAGCAGUUGCCAGUCCAGCAGCCGAAGGGUACCUCUGUAGGGAGCCAUGGACCACUCAGCUGUAGGAGCCCAAUCAAAGAGGAGCCCACCACUGGAAAAGAUAGUCCCACACUCACAAGCAAUCAGUGCAGUAGCAGUGCUGACAAAGGCCUCUUUAGAAUGGAUCUCUCUGGUGAAGCAACAAAGGGCCUGGCUAAGUUGGACACUGUAGACGUGUGUGGGAAGGUUGAGUCCAGGCCUGGCGCGAAAGCCAGCUUGAGCCUAGUGCACGAUCUGAGAGCCUCUCGCCCAAGUAUCCACUCCUCCUGCGGCAGAACCCCGUCCAUCCGAGAGGCCAGCAAUGAGGACCAGGAGGACGAACCAGAACAGCCUCAGGAAAUGGCUCCUCCACCUAAACCUGACAAUGUGGGUGAGGUCUCCAGCCAGCCCUCCGCACCUAAGAGAACAGAGCUGGGAAGCCCUAAUGUGACACUGCCUGUGCAACAGACAACCCCUGAGGUCCAGUGUGGGGGUCAAAAUGCGGUUCCCCAGCCAUCAGAAAUGGUCAAGGAAAGUGCUGGCUCACAAUCGGAGCCAAGCUCCAGGAAACAGGGUACACUCACGUCUUCUACGCUACAUGGCAGUGUUGACGUAGAGCAGGGACUCCCUUCAAAACAUACAGCCGACCAACCAAAACAAAAACUGGGAAGCAGCACCACUGACGCUAAACCGAACACGCUGCAAAAUCCAUCGUCAAAUGUCCUGGCUUCCAGCUCAACAGACACUCCACAAACGCAGGGUGCGAAUGUGAUGGCUGCAAAUGUGGCUGUUGUGAAAGCGGACAGCAGCCUUGCUGGGGUGCCUGAUGGGAAGAAGUUCAGCACCUCCAAAAGCCCUGGAGACAAGGUGGAGACAGCCAGAGAGUCAUGUGCAAAGGGGGAGACAAAAGGCGAUAAGUCAGAGGAGAGCACUGUGCCAGCUAAGACAGAGGGACUGUUUAGGUGUGAUAAAAAGGCCAGUAAUCAGGCAGCCUCCAGUAAUGUGUCGAAGCAGAAUGCUGGUCCCACAUCACCAAAGAUAAAGGGCGUCUGCCCCACAGCUUCGGAAACUGAGCAGGAGCUGCUGAAAAAUAGGCCUGUGGAAACAAUUCAGACCAAGCAAUCCAACAAAAUGGUCACUCCCAAUAAUGAAAACCAAAACCAGAAAAAGUUAACACCAGACUCAAAAACAAGUUUGCCUUCCAAUCCAGUGCAAGCUGUCAAACUGUCACAAUCAAGUAUAGAGACUAUAAAUCAGCCACGGUCUGGCAUGAAGGAGUCUUUACCGACUGCAGAGCUAGUAAAGCAGGUACAGCCUGGUAUUAAAGAGUUCUCAAGUUCUGCACAGACAGUCAAACAAGUGCAGUCUGAUGUUAAAGAGACCUCAAGCCCUGUGCAGACAGUCAAGCAGGUACAACCUGCGAGUAAAGAGUCCUCAAGCCCUGUGCAGACAGUCAAGCAGGUACAACCUGCGAGUAAAGAGUCCUCAAGCCCUGUGCAGACAGUCAAGCAGGUACAACCUGUGAGUAAAGAGUCCUCAAGCCCUGUACAGACAGUUAAACUGGUGCAGUCUGGCAUUAAAGAGACCUCAAGCCCUGUACAGACAGUCAAGCAGGUACAAUCUGCUAGUAAAGAGUCCUCAAGUCCUACACAGACAGUUAAACAGGUGCUGUCUGGCAUUAAAGAGUCUUCAAGUCCUGCACAGACAGUUGAGCAGGUGCAGUCUAGCAUUAAAGAGUCCUCAAGCCCUGUACAGACAAUAAAACAGUCACAGUCUUUCAGUAAAGAGACCUCAAGCCCUGUACAGACGGUCAAGCAGGUACAACCUGCUAUUAAACAGGUGCUGUCUGGCAUUAAAGAGUCUUCAAGUCCUGCACAGACAGUCAAGCAGGUGCAGUCUGGCAUUAAAGAGUCCUCAAGCCCUGUACAGACAAUAAAACAGUCACAGUCUUUCAGUAAAGAGACCUCAAGCCCUGUACAGACAGUCAAGCAGGUACAACCUGCUAUUAAACAGGUGCUGUCUGGCAUUAAAGAGUCUUCAAGUCCUGCACAGACAGUCAAGCAGGUGCAGUCUGGCAUUAAAGAGUCCUCAAGCCCUGUACAGACAAUAAAACAGUCACAGUCUUUCAGUAAAGAGACCUCAAGCCCUGUACAGACAGUCAAGCAGGUACAACCUGCUAUUAAACAGGUGCUGUCUGGCAUUAAAGAGUCUUCAAGCCCUGUACAGGCAGUCAAGCAGGUGCAGUCUGGCAUUAAAGAGUCCUCAAGCCCUGUACAGACAAUGAAACUGGUACAGCCUGACAUUAAAGAGUCUUCGUGCUCUGUUCAGAUGAUCAAGCCAGUACAAUCUGACAUUAAAGAGUCAUCAAGCCCUGAACAGACAGUCAAACAGGUACAGCCUGUUGUUAAAGAGUCUUCAAGACCUUUACAGACCAUCAAGCCGAUACAGUCUGGCGUUAAAGAGUUAUCAAGCCCUGAACAGACAAUGAAACAAUCACAAUCUUUAAGUAGAGAGUUCUCAAGCCCUGUACAGACAGCCAAACAGGUACAGCCUGCCAUUAAAGAGGCCUCAAGCCCUGUUCAGACAGUCAAGCAAGUACAGUCUGAUAUUAAAGAGUGCUCAAGUGCUACAUUGACUGUCGAACAGAUACAGUCUGGUAUGAAAGAGUCCUCAAGCCCUUUACAGACAAUUAAUCUGUCACAAUCUUUCAGUAAAGAGUCCUCAAGCCCUGUACUGACACUGAAACAGGUACAGCCUGGCAUUAAAGAGUCUUCAAGACCUUUACAGACCAUCAAGCCAGUGCAGUCUGGCGUUAAAGAGUUCUCAAGCCCUGCACAGACAAUAAAACAAUCACAAUCUUUAAGUAAAGAGACCUCAAGCCCUGUACAGACACUGAAACAGAUACAGCCUGGCAUUAAAGAGUCUUCAAGCCCUGUACAGAUAGUCAAACAGGUACAGUCUGACAUUAAAGAGUCCUCAAACCCCAUGCAAACAGGAAAGCAGUCACAGUGUGGCAUGAAAGAUUCCGGAAGCUCCACACAGAACGUAAAACUGCCGCAGUCUGGCACGAAGCAAUCUUUAACUCCUGCAGAAAUGGUAAAACAGACACAGUCUUGUAUUAAAGAAUCCCCGAGUUCUGUACAGACAGUCAAGCAGAUACAGCCUGGUAUUAAAGAGUCCUCAAGUACUACACAGAUAAAGCAGUCUGGCUUGAUUUCAGGAAAACAAGCCCCUCUGUCCCAAGUAAAUCCCAAAAUCAAGCCUAGAGGAGAAACAUCUCCUGUUUCACACCCUGCUUGUAAAGCAGAAGAGGACUCUGGGAGAGGCAGGGCUAAAGUUCUGGAGCAGCCAAUAGUUAAAGAUGGCCUCAGUGCAAGACAAAAAGAGCCAACAUCCCAACACACCUCAGGCAGGCAGCAGACUCCCAGGGAGCAGGCGAAACCCAGCAGCAGUCAGACUGCGCCUCCCAGUGGUGCUUCACCGCCAAUGCAACCAGCACCAGCAGAGAGGAGAAAAGAAGCACACAAGCACAAUGAAGCACUUUCAGGCAGGCUCCACGUCGAUGCGGCAGAAGAGGGCGUUUCGCAUGCAGCCAAGGAGUGCCGCUCAAGGCAGCAGGCUGAAGGCCCCGGAGCGGAUUCUUAUAAGCAGACGGGGUUCGGAGGCGCAGCCCGAACUGAACUGAAACCAAGCGUGGGUGAAGCAAAGGCUGGGACCUCCGAGAAGCUGGUGUCUGGCGGCAAGAAAGAGCAGGGCGAAAAGAAAAGGAAAGAAUGUGAGCAGACAAAUUCCCUGACAAAGAACACUCGCAAAGACGCUUCAAAAACAGCCUCGGCAAAUGACACCACUGCUUUGGAAAAAGACUUUGUCCGUAGCAAACCAGCCAAGGAAUUGGCACGUGGCUCCACACUCAAAAAAACGUAAGAGGUACCUGAGCAGUAGCUGCCAGUUGUAUCGCACUGUGCUGUGUCUGAAAGAAGGCGGCCAUUUUCUUUUUUGGUUGUUUUUGGUGUGCAGUAUCAUUUUUGAGUUCUUUUGGAAAAAUCAUGUCUUUGUCGUUUCACAUGCCUUCUAUUUUUGAGAACCGGUGAAGCUGUUACCACAGUGUUUGUACAGCAUGAGAAAAGGUAUGUUUGUGUGUGUGUGUUUGUGUGUGAGAGAGCAGCUGUAUGGUAAAAGAGACUGCUUUAUAAAUAUCUGUCAAUAAGAAUUAUCAAAUCUAAGACUGAAUGUAGACAUAAUUUGCUGCUGAUUUGAAUCUUUCACCAAAAUGUUUUAUUUAUGAUGUUUCGACUAUAUUCCUGUCACAGUUCUUUUUUUGACAAGUGUCAAAUCAGCAUUUUGGGAUGAAGGGUUAUAUUUUUAUUGACAGCAGAAGUUUGUGCAAUCAUUGUGAUAUCGUAGCGGCAUUUUGGAGAGGCCAUUUUAAAGGGUCAGUAGAUGAGUGUCAAUUUGGGUUUGUUUGGAAUUGCCCUCAGCACCAAACUAUAAAGCCAUCAGAAAUUGAAAAAACAGAAACGAAUGAAAAAACAGAAUGGUAUUCAUCGGCAGUCUUGGGAUUGACCAUGUGCGUACAGUUGUAAGCAAAUAAGUACAUUUCACCCUUGGAAUGGAAAGGUAGUCUAGCAUGUAAAUCAAAAGCGCUUAGCAUGUCAUUGAAUCAACCAUUUGAAGAGAACAUCAUCUUAGUGCUGAACACGCGCUAAGGACACUUCAUGCAGAUUACAGAAAAUGAAUGUCACCAAAAUGUUUAUUUUAUUAUUUGUUAGUGUUGUUUUUGUUUUUGGAUAGAGAGGGAGUGUGUUUUUGUUUUGGGUAGUGGUGCACAGAUGGAAUGCACUGAGUGCUGUGCUUCUCACCUAGAACUAUUUAAUAUGGAAUCAUCUUAUGGUUCUGGAAUUUCAUUGAGUCAUAUCUAGUGGAAGGGGCCUUACUGUUUGUGGGAAUUAUACUUGCUGUUUUUAGCAGGUUUUGGUGAAAUUCACAUUCCUUUCACAUACAUCUCUUUACAUUUCUAAAAAUUUCAUUUUUAUGCAAACUACUGUAAAUAUGAUCAAACUAACUGUACAAAGGGGAUUAAUGGGCUUAAUCGUGAGUAUUGUUUGUUUUAUAUGUAUAUAUUUUGUUAGGUUGUAUGUUUGUAUACUCCAGAAUCUGUAACUAGUUAGGAGUCAUUUCCUCUGCUUGGCAGUGAGCUAAUGUAAUGUCUGUACAUGUUAAAAAAAAGGCAUAGGGCAAGACAAGUAUCAUUUCUCUCAAGCUCAGUCUUUUUAACAAUUUAUAAUAUGUUGUGUUUUUACUUGAACUAAUGCAAGCUAGUGCACACAAACUUAGAUCAAAAGGGAAAACCUUCUUUAAAAAUGUCGCUUUGGAACAUAAGUCUGAGGGUAAAUGCUUGCCAGGAUGGUCUGAUGCUUGGCUAUUCAUCCGUACAUUGGGAUGCCCCUAUUGCGGCCAUUGCCAGUUUAGCUGUGACGUUCAAAUUCCCAGUGAGAAAUUCUUGUUCCUUGUGACAGUGUGGGCAGAAACAGACUUUAUCAAUGGGAAAGGACUGCAAAAUAAAGUUCCAUAAGCUACAUGUUGGCAAAGGUUCAUAGGAGGCUCUUUUUAAAUCAGUCUAUUUUGGGGGGAAUGUUUCUCCCCUAUUUAAAAAUGUGUUUGUUUAGAUAUACAAAAUAGGAAAACACAUUUCUGUUCAUGGAUGCAAAGUUUAAAAAAAGGCUCAUUUAAAAUUCAGGAAUAACCUUCUAUCAAUAUAGAUUCAACAGUGUUUUCAUCAUGUAGAAUUUACUGUCUUAUCUCAAGUGAUUCCAUACAUGACAUGCAGUACUUAAAAAUACAAAAACAAAUGUAGUAAGAUGAAAAGAGAAAAACUGAUAAUCGUCGUAUCUGGACAGUGCAGACUCAUUUUAUUUACACAAGUAUUUAAAGUUUAAAAAGAAUAUGCAUGUUUAAUGUAAAACACUUCCUGCUGUAAACCUGCAGUGUUAGUCAGAUUCACUUUCUGGACGUACAAUACAAAACUUAUUUUGUUUGGACAUUGCGACUGAAAAUGCUGCCAUAUUUUAUCCCAAUCACAUUUAAGAAAGGGUACUGAGUACAUGCAUAGGGCCAUACAAAUGCUGUUUCCACAUUUUUAGAAUUGCCAGCAUGAUCAGAUGUGGUAGGAUAUGUCAUUUAAACAAACGUGAAAGGAUGCAAAUGUGAAUCUCUAAUUUGAUGGGCUUGUCAAACAACUAUCUUCCAUCUUCUUUUCAAUUCUGUCUCUUGAAAACAUCUGUGAUAAAGAUGCGCCCAUUCUUAAUCCAUUCUUCUUUGGCCUUUCUUAACCAAUGGCAUCACUAACAUCUUUUCAAACACUGUGUUUUUGUGAGAUUCUACUGCCAGGUUUCAGCAGGCAGUGUCAAACCUCUAUACACUGCAUACCCCUAAUUUGAGAAACUGAUACUUAAAUUAUACUUACACUGUUGAUACAUGUAAUGUUGACUAUGCUGAAUCUUAUAGAUACUGCAUCUAAAAAAAUACUUUAUAAAUGUAUGCCUAUAAUUGGGAUAAAAUCUGUAGAAAUAGGAAAUAGAAUAUGUUAGGAAUUAACUACAUUAGUGAAAUAAUGCUCAGACACUGAAGUGUUUAAAAAAAAAAAAUUAAAAUGCAUUUUUACUAAUUAUUUCAUAUUAUUACCAUCAUGUAUUUUGUGAUGACAGGGAAGACCUUAUUUAAUGCACCUUAAGUAAAGUGAGAUUCCACCCACCCCUUUAAUGAAAUAUAUGGAAAGAGCAAAAUAGCAUUGUUGAAAUGAAGGGGACAAGUGUAGUAUCUUGUGCUGUUUUAUUGUGUAUACUCAUUCAUGAAUAACUAAAAUUAUGUUCUAAAAAAAAAAAAGAAUAAAAUAAAAAUCACAUGACUUGGAGCGAUGGAGCACCUGUCUGUCCCCAUGCCUUUUCUCUGUUUUCUUCUAAAGGUCGACCCAUUUGAAUCCUUAAAGCACAUUCAAUGUUUGUUUACAGAUACUUCAUGGAUGUAUAUUUUGUAUAUUGUACUAUUAAUUUGCCAAAUCUAUGUGCUGCAUCACACAAAGUAAUAUGGUGAAUAGUAUAUGUAGCUUGUGCCUCAUCCUCCCAGCCAGGGCGUGCUGUAAAUGACUGUAAAGUCUAUGUGGUUGCCAGUUCAAAUCUGUGUAAAUUACCUGUCCGGUUCUGUAUGGUCUCUCGCUGUUUUUUUUUUUUUUUUGUUUUUGUUUUUUCCUUCCAUUUUUUUGUUGUGUUUCAUUUGAUUUUCAUUUUAUGUGUGUGAACUAGUAUUAGAUGAAUUUGCUUAUUUACAGUGUGUCUUUUAGGAUCUGUGCAAUAAAGAAGUGUUUGCAUUUUGUAUUUUGCCCAAGGAAAGCUCUAUGGAUGUCAUAGAUGUUGUAUAUUAAACAGAUAUUUAUACUUCUAAAGUUGCAUAACACUAAAAAUAAAAAGCAUGACAAAAUU